AAUCCUUGUUACUUCGUCAAGAGAAUUUUCAGUUUUGCUCCUUCCCUUUUUCUCCCAGAAAAUUUCGCUAGAAAAGCUCCGUGGUUGUUGAAAAUGGCAGGUCGCGGAAAAACUCUUGGAUCCGGUGCGGCGAAGAAAGCCACAUCUCGGAGCAGCAAGGCUGGGCUUCAAUUUCCGGUGGGUCGUAUCGCUCGAUUCCUCAAAGCCGGAAAAUACGCCGAACGUGUCGGAGCUGGUGCUCCGGUUUAUCUCGCCGCUGUCCUCGAGUAUCUGGCCGCCGAGGUUCUUGAACUCGCUGGAAACGCAGCAAGAGACAACAAGAAGACCCGUAUCGUUCCUCGUCACAUCCAGCUCGCCGUGAGAAACGAUGAGGAGCUAAGCAAGCUUCUUGGUGAUGUGACCAUUGCCAAUGGAGGAGUGAUGCCCAACAUCCACAAUCUCCUUCUUCCCAAGAAGUCUGGACCCUCGAAGCCACAGGAAGAUUAGAUCUUUAACACAAGAUGUAUUAGAAACACGUUUCUUUCUUCUUCUGUUUCUCACUUCAAGAUCAAAUAACUAAUAAGUAGCUAGAACCGUUUUGUUUUCUCUGCAUUUCAAUCGCCUCUUCUAUUGUUUUUAGGCCAUCUU